GAGAUUAUUCUUGUGGUGGCUUGCUUUCCUCUCCAUCUGGGACACUACAGAGUCCAUUUUAUCCCAGAAAUUAUCCAAACAACGCCAACUGUGUUUGGGAAAUAGAAGUAAAGAACAACUUUCGUGUCAUACUCACAUUUAGAGAUGUUCAGAUGGAAGGUGGCAGAUGCCUGUCUGACUAUGUGGAAGUCUAUGAUGGGCCACUCCAUACCUCUCCUCUCCUUGGGAAAUUUUGUUCUGGUUCUUUUCGCACAUAUGCAUCUUCCUCAAACCUGAUGACUGUCCAAUUUUACAGUAACUCUCGAUACACAUACAGAGGGUUUCAGGCUGACUAUUAUUCCACUCCAGCAGAUCAGAGCACUACGCUGUUGUGUUUGCCAGACUACAUGCGUGCAGCUGUGAGCAGAUACUACCUUCAGUCGCAAGGCUACUCUGUCUGGAAGCUCUCCUUGAAUGACCCCUAUUGCAAACCCAACAUUACAUCAGAGUAUGUUAUAUUCGACAUACCAUACACUAGCUGCGGCACAGUGAGAGAGGGAAACAACAACACAAUAACUUAUUCCAACAUUAUUAGAGGAUCCUCUUCGGGUACUGUAAUCACAAGAAAUAAAAAGCUUUACUUGCAUAUCAACUGCAAAAUGCUCCAGAACACAUGGGCACAAACAAUGUAUGUUGCGGAGGACAAUUUUGAAGUCAAUGAAACUCAGUAUGGCAGAUAUGAUGUAAACCUUACAUUUUAUCAUUCUGCAUCCUUCUCACGGCCAGUGAAUGACUCACCAUACUACGUUGAUAUCAACCAGAAUUUGUUCCUUGAAGCUUACCUGCACAGCUCUGAUUCAAACCUGGUGUUGUUUGUGGACACAUGUGUGGCAUCUCCGAGCCCCCACAAUUUUACAACAGUAACCUAUGAUAUAAUCAGGAAUGGGUGUGUUCGAGAUUCUACCUAUGCUACAUAUUAUUCACCCUACAGACACAUAGUCCGGUUUAAAUUCAAUGCUUUCCAGUUUAUUUGUAGCAAUCCAUCAGUUUACCUGCAGUGUGAACUAGUGGUGUGCAGGGCCUACGACUAUUCUUCCAGAUGCUACGAAGGUUGUAUUACUAGGUCCAAGAGAGAGGCAAGCUCCAGUCAAGAAAGUGUGACUGUUGUUGCUGGCCCAAUACAGCUUCAGAAAGCUAAUCCUGAGAACAAGAAUGCAUGUGGUUUUAAAUAA